AUGUUGCCUGCAAUUCACAAAUGGAACCAUCCAUUCGCUAUUCUGUCAACAGUGGCUUUCCCGCAUAAGAAAAUACUGUUCGCGGGGACCCAUGACUCCAAGAUUCUAUGUUUCGACUUAACUACCUAUAAUUUGGUCAAAACCAUUCAUUUGGGCGACAAAGAUGAGACGCACACGAGAUCGAGUGUCUUAUGCAUGACCAAGUCUCAGGACGAACAGUUUUUAUUUUCGGCGGGUGCGGACUCUCUGAUUAGAAUAUGGUCGAUUGGGCGUUUGACUUCCAAUGGAGACCUCCCAAUCCGCGAAGCUGCGACGUUGUAUUCUUUGCUUGAUAUCGGCGAUAUAUUCUCGCUCAAAUACCUGGACGCUCACCAAACUAUCGUCUUCGGUUGCCAAAACGCUAACAUGCUCUACAUGACGGGCGUUAUAGACCGCAUGAGUGGUAAAUCCGAGUGUAACGAUAUGAAUCGUUUGCCUCACCGUCGGUAUGAUAAAUUUUUCGACUCGACCGGCCCAGGAUCUAUUAGCAGAGUUCCGUUUCCUUCGCCUGCAAGCCCCACGCGACCAAACCACACAAUUAUGGAGAUUCCCCUGAGCAAUAGCAUUUCUUACGCGCACAACAGUUUCAUUUACUCUAUCCAACCUCUCAGUGUUACAAGUGCUCAUCUACCCGACGCAUUAUAUGUCGGCGGCUUGAAGAAGGAAGACACAGACUUUAUCGUGUCAGGUGGAGGGGACGGGCUGAGUAAAGUUUGGGCGUUUUCCAGAGGGGAAAAAUGCAGCGUUAAUGUUCAGUUGGUAGCCGAAAUGGACAACGAUGAAAGCGUACUCUGUCAAGUUGUAAAAUUCCCAUUUCUUUACUGUGGGCUGAAUGGGGGGUACAUCAAAAUAUGGGAUCUUAAUCUCAAUGAGCUCGUUUCCACUUUGCGAAGUCCUAGUAGAUGCGACAUUGUAUCUGUCAGUGUUCAUGACGAUCAUAUUUUUGCUGCACACGAAAAGGGCAUUACGAAGUUCCAUAAGGAUGAGAUUUAUGAAAGAAAUGUGGAAGACAGCUUAGUGCUCAGCACAGAGAUUUUGAAGAAAAAGUGCACAGGAUGCUGUCAUUUGAGAUUGGCGACUGGUGCAAAGAGCGGUAGUUUGACAUUAUGGAAUAUUAGCGGACUUGUCGGAGAACAUGCCGAUCACGGUAUGAGCGUAAAUCUGAUACCUAAUAGCUACAGAGAUGGAACACAGUGGUCAAAGUGCCAGUCUAUUCUUGAUAAUGAUAGCAUGCUGGAAACCUUACGCGACCUGGUGAGCUUCCAAACGGUAUCUGCUUCCAACGAAAGUCAACAUGCGAUUGACUCCCGUCGUUGCGCCUCUUACUUGCAACAGGUAUUCACUAAAUUGGGAGCUACUUGUGAGCUUCUGCCGAUUGGCAGUAACGACAACCCCCUGGUGCAUGCAACAUUCAAGGGAAAAUCCAGCUCUAAAUCCAAAAUCGUUUGGUAUGGUCAUUACGACAUUAUAUCCCCCGGAGAUCCUGGUAAAUGGGAUAGCGAUCCUUAUGUGUUGACUUGCGAAAAUGGCUACUUGAAGGGAAGAGGUGUUACGGAUAACAAAGGGCCUCUAGCGGCUGCCAUUUACAGUGCUGGGUCUUGCUUCUCCAAGGGAACCCUCGAAAAGGAUAUUGUUUUCCUUGUGGAAGGCCAAGAAGAGUCAAACUCGCAGGGGUUUGCAGAAGCAAUUAAAAAACACCGUAACCUUUUGGGCAACGAUGUCGACUGGGUUCUAUUCAGUAAUUCUUACUGGAUAGACGAGAAAACGCCGUGUCUCAAUUACGGAUUGCGCGGGGUUAUCAAUGUGCAACUAAGAGUCUGGAGCGGGGCACCAGACAGACAUUCUGGACUUGAUGGUGGUGUACACAGAGAGCCCACGACCGACCUCUCUCGUCUACUGUCUAAACUACAAGAUGAUGAUGGUCGCGUUUUGAUACCAGGUUUCUACACCUCUUUGGCUGACCUGAACGAUGAAGACAAACUGCGUUUCGAGCAGAUUUUUAAGCGGGCAGACCUGGAUAAGUCGGUAAGUGUCGAGAACCUCAUGGCCAAAUGGACCCAGCCUUCGCUAUCCAUCACCAACAUGAGGGUCAGCGGUCCAGGAAAUGCCACAGUCAUACCGCAUAGCGCCUAUGCUACAUUAUCCAUUAGAAUUGUUCCAGGGCAAGAUGUCCAUGUAAUGAAACUUUCUCUGGAGCAAUACAUUGCCCAGUGUUUUCAAAAAUUCCACACCUCCAACCAACUGGAGUUCAAAUUGCUAAAUGAGGCAGAACCAUGGCUUGGAGAGCCAAACAACGCUGCUUAUCAAGUUUUGAAGCAGGAGAUUCUCGAGGCUUGGGGAAUCGACCCGCUUUUCGUGCGGGAGGGCGGUUCCAUUCCUCAGGUGCGUUUUCUGGAACGUGCCCUAGGCUCUAGUGCCAUCCAAAUUCCUUGCGGCCAAAGCACAGACAAUGCCCACUUGAACAAUGAAAGAUUGCGUAUCGAGAACUGGUACAAGAUUCGCCAAAUUUUGCAGAGAGCUUUCACCAGACUGUAA